CCUGACUCCCCCAGGCGGUAGCGGCAGCGGCAGCAGCGGUGGCGACAUGAGCAGCGGGGCGGCGUCCGGGACUGGGCGGGGGCGGCCCCGGGGCGGGGGGCCGGGACCCAGGGACCCCCCGCCCGGCGAGACUCACAAGCUGGUGGUCGUGGGCGGCGGCGGCGUGGGCAAGAGCGCGCUGACCAUCCAGUUCAUCCAGUCCUACUUUGUCUCUGACUACGACCCCACCAUUGAGGACUCCUACACAAAGAUCUGCUCUGUGGAUGGCAUCCCCGCGAGGCUGGACAUCUUGGACACUGCAGGUCAAGAGGAAUUUGGUGCCAUGCGGGAGCAGUACAUGCGAGCUGGCAACGGCUUCCUGCUGGUGUUUGCAAUCAAUGACCGUCAGAGUUUCAAUGAGGUAGGCAAGCUCUUCACUCAGAUCCUUAGAGUCAAGGACCGCGACGAUUUCCCCAUCGUGCUGGUUGGGAACAAAGCAGAUUUGGAGACACAGCGCCAGGUCCUCCGAUCCGAAGCGUCCACUUUCAGCGCUGCCCGCCACAUGGCUUACUUUGAGGCCUCAGCCAAAUUGCGUCUGAAUGUCGACGAGGCAUUUGAGCAGCUGGUCCGGAGUGUCCGGAAAUACCAGGAGCAAGAACUCCCUCCUAGCCCACCUACUGCUCCCAGGAAGAAGGGUGGGGGCUGCCCUUGCGUCCUGCUGUAGCCAGACAGCCCCGAGCGACCAGCACAAGCUCUCCCGGGACCAGCUGCCUCACACUCGUGUGGCCUGAGGCUCUACCUGAGCCCCAGUCUCCUCUGGGUUUCCCAGGACACACUACACCCUUGACUUUCACUUCCUGGCCUCCCAGGGCCACUGAGUGCCUUCUGUCAAUAUCUCCUUUCCCAACCCAAGCCCCUGGUGGGAUAGGAGCUCCUUGUCACUGCUGUAUAUAAGUCCCAUCUUUCAGAAAAAUAAACAUCACUGCCUCCA